AUGUCACAUCACUGCAAUUUCAUGACACGCCCUCACUCUCGUGUUUUGGCCAUCGCGUUCGUUAUAGUUAUAUGUAUCCUGUGUCCUACCUACAUAUAUAAUAAUCAUAAAAGAAGCGUGAACACUGUUAAACGUAGAGGUUUUUCUUCUGAACUGCUAUACUUCGAUAUUAGGCCCUCGUCACCGAACGCCACUUGCCGCCGUACAAAACAAAGUCCCAUACUUGUUGUUGACGAACUAGGAUAUCUAUGUAAUUAUUUUAAUCUCCCGACAAACAGUUGUUGCCCGUUUCAAAACGUAACACAACGCUUUUUUUGUAAUUCAUGCAAAUCUAAUCACUGCUGUUCUAUCUACGAGCAUUGUGUUUCUUGCUGCCUGAAUCCAAUUAACAAAUCCCUGUGGGAUAAAGUCCAAAAUCUUGAUGCUAACUAUAAACGUCAUCUACAAUUGGCUACAGAUGCAUUCGAAUUUUGUAUAGCAGUUUGUAGAACUUCUUCACUAACUGUCUUUCAUGAAAAUCGGUACCGUAAUUUGGAAGAACUUUAUUGCUUUGGAAUUUUUAUAGAUUUCAUCAACAUGUUGUCAUUAGAUCAUUGUAAAAAUUUAGCCUACUAUCUACUAACUACUAAUUAUGCUCCAUAUCAAAAUGAAAAGUCGAAACACUUGUUUGAUAAUAUUAAUAAUGGUAAAAGUAGUAAAACACGGAGAAAACCUCUAUCAAAACAUCCCACUACUGCAAACACCACUAACAGUGUUACCGUCAACAUAUCCUCAUAUGGAGAUAAUUCCUUGCCUGUAUUAUCUAAACAUACUGAGCAAAAGAAGCAUUAUAACUUCUUAAUAAAAAUGCUUAAACGUGACAGUCUGUUGCCAGAAUCACUAUGGAAUAACGUUUAUAAUCAACUAUGUGAUAAUUUUGUUCAUGAAUUAAAUUCUUCGCAUCGGAAUUUCCAUCAAUUCACAUCUACCGGUGCAUUUUUUAAUUAUAUUAUUCAGUAUCUGGGACGUUCAUUCAGUUUGAAACAUAAUAUUAUUCAGUUAACCGAUAUUGGAUUAUCGGAGCCAUUUAAACAUAAUAAUAUUGAAAGUACUUCAAUUGAUGUGAAAACAAAAGAACGAAUAUUAUCACACUUGACAGAUGCUCUUGCAAAUACCUUAUUAAAAUAUCCAAUUCAUUUGACUUAUAAAAGAUCACCUUCAGGCUUAGAAACUGGAAAAUCAUACGUUUCUACAUUUCGUAAACAAUGCAAGGAAGUUCUAGAAUAUUGCCUAUCACAGUUCGAGGCAAAUUACUUAGUAUUCACUAUGAGAAGGGAUAAAAUUCACAAUUUAUCCAAUAUUUCAACGAAUGAUAAUGAUGAUGAUAUUUCGUCUAGUUCAUAUACACAUUCAAUCGAUGCAACACAUAAUAACAAUCAUUCCAUUGUUGAAUCGGUUAGAAAUUAUGAUGAAUUUCAAGGCAAUAAGAUUAUGCUUAGGAAUGGUUUACAACCAAUUAUAUAA